CGGAGGUCUUAAUCGAGGGGCCCAUGAUUUGGAUUUAAUUUGGGUGGAUUUUUAACCAUAACUGGUAUCCUUUGACACAGGAUCCUACAAAAGGGAGAGUUACAAACCUAAAGCUUUCUGUCUCUCAGACAUGGAUCUUGGAGGUUUGGAGACUGUUGUGGCCAACUCGGCCUACGUGUCAGCACGUGGGAGUGUAGAUGGAGCGGCCGCGGCAACCAUGCGUGACAAAAAAUAUCGUGCAAAACUCAACCUGCCACACAUCAGGCAUUGCGAACAUAUGAAGUCCACGGUCGAUUCUGCGUUUGACAGCAUGUGCGUGCGGCAGCCAAUUGGCAAACGGCUUUUCCAGCAGUAUCUCGAAAAUGAAGCUGCUCACAAGAAUGCUGUAGAUUUGUGGAAAGACAUUGAAGACUACAGCGUUGCCCAGGAGAAAGACAGGCCUCAGAAAGCGCAAAAGAUGGUCAACCAAUACUACGAGUCUCCUUCCAAGAACUUCUGCGACUUUCUGGAGGAAAAAGCAGUGAGCAGGGUGAAAGAGGACUACAAGAACGUUCGAGGGGAUCUCUUUAAAGAGAGUGAACGACAGAUCCUUACCCACCUAAAGGCUAAAUCACUGAAUGGCUUUAAGGACAGCAUGUACUUUCUGCGUUACGUACAGUUUAAAUGGCUGGAGAGUCAGCCUGUUACAGAGGAUUGGUUCAUGGAUUUCAGAGUGCUUGGGAAAGGUGGAUUUGGUGAGGUCCAUGCUUGCCAAAUGAAGGCGACAGGGAAGAUGUACGCUGACAAGAAACUCAACAAGAAGAGGUUGAAGAAACGCAAAGGUUAUGACGGUGCUAUUAUUGAAAAGUGCAUCCUGGCUAAAGUGCACAGUCGCUUCAUUGUGACCCUGGCCUAUGCUUUCCAGACCAAAACAGACCUCUGUCUGGUCAUGACCAUCAUGAACGGAGGAGACCUCAGAUUUCACAUGUAUAAUGUGGAUGAGAAAAAUCCAGGCUUUAAUGAAACUAGAACUUGUUUUUACACGGCUCAGAUCAUCUGUGGUCUUGAGCAUUUGCACCAGCACAGGAUUGUGUACAGAGACCUCAAGCCAGAAAACGUGCUCUUGAAUGAUGCCGGACAUGUGCGACUGUCUGAUCUGGGGUUGGCCGUUGAACUACCACCAGGAAAAGAUAAAACACAAGGGUAUGCAGGGACCCCAGGUUUCAUGGCUCCAGAACUGUUACAGAAGAAAGAAUAUGACUACACUGUAGACUACUUCACUCUGGGGGUCACUCUGUUUGAGAUGGUUGCCGCCAAGGGACCAUUCAGGUGUCGUGGAGAGCAGGUGGACAACAAUGAGGUGACGAGGCGUAUUCUGAAUGACCCUGUUUCAUAUCCCCCAACCUUCAGCAAGGAGUUUAAAGACAUCUGUGAAGGACUAAUGGAGAAAGAUCCAGAGAAGAGACUUGGGUUCAAGAACAACGAAUGUGUCGAACUAAAGAAUCAGACCUUCUUUAAAGACCUCAACUGGGGGCGAUUGGAAGCUGGAAUGCUACCUCCUCCCUUCGUGCCAGAUCCUAAAAUGGUCUACGCUAAGGACAUUGAUGAUGUGGGAGCAUUCAGCACCAUCAAAGGUGUUGUCAUUGACAACAAAGACACUGAAUUCUACGGCGAGUUUGCAACUGGGAAUGUUCCAAUUCCAUGGCAGGAGGAGAUGAUCGAGACAGGAGUGUUUGGUGAGCUGAACAUCUGGGGACAAAAUGGAAAACUACCAAAUGAUCUGGAUCCCAACUAUGUGGAAGCGAAAGGUGGUGGGUGUGUGAUUUUGUGA